AUGGGUUCUCUUGGCAAGGAUGACAGAGAAGAGGUUAUACAGGCAUGGUACAUGGAUGACUCUGAUGAAGAUCAGAGGCUCCCACAUCACCGUGAUCCAAAGGAAUUUGUGUCCUUGGAUAAACUUGCCGAGCUUGGAGUGCUCAGCUGGAGAUUGGAUGCUGACAUUUAUGAAACAGAUGAAGAGUUGAAGAAAAUUCGUGAAGCUCGUGGAUAUUCUUACAUGGACUUUUGUGAGGUUUGCCCUGAAAAACUGCCUAAUUAUGAGGAGAAGAUCAAGAACUUUUUUGAAGAACAUCUUCACACAGAUGAGGAGAUCCGCUAUUGUGUUGCAGGGAGCGGUUAUUUUGAUGUGCGUGAUCGCAAUGAGGCUUGGAUUCGCAUCUGGGUGAAGAAAGGAGCAAUGAUUGUUCUGCCUGCAGGAAUAUAUCACCGCUUUACCCUAGAUUCAGACAACUACAUUAAGGUACACUUCAAAGGAGCAUGCUCCACAAUUCUUACACCGAAUUGCAAUCAGAUGGUAAACUAG